GAUAGAGUACUUGCAGCAGCUGCAUUCGCGGUUGCAGAUCCUCUGGGCUGACGAGCAGAACCGCGACCAGAUCGUGGAGGUCAUUCGCCAGAUCACGGAGGCCCUCAUCUGGGGCGAGCAGAACGGCCACGACAACAAUUUCUUCGAUUUCUUCUGUGAGAAGAGCAUCCUGGCCGAGUUCGUGCGCGCCCUGGGGCUGCCUGGGGGCAACAGGACGGUAAAGGUGCAGCUGCUGCAGACGCUGUCGAUGCUGGUGCAGAACGUCCGCAGGGACACCUCGCUGUACUACUUGUUCAGCAACAACUACAUGAACCAGCUCAUCUCGACGCAGUUCGACUGGAGCGACGAAGAGAUCUUGGGAUAUUACAUCAGCUUCGUCAAGUCGUUGGCUCUCAGGCUCAACAGGGAGACGAUCAAAUUUUUCUUCAACGAGAACUCUCAGCAGUUCCCGCUCUACGUCGAGGAGGGUCACGGGCGAGGAACAUCGUGA